CGGUACCAUCUCUCAGCAUCACACACGGGAAGGGAAUAACAGAAGGCGGCUUGAAGGCAGGAAAAGGUGCCAGACCAUCUUGGAGCUGUAAGCCAUGUCUAUGCCAUUCCGAAAAGACUUUGAGAAGUACAAGAAUAUAAAUGAGGAUGAAAUUCUUAACAAACUCUCAGAGGAUGAAUUGAAACAGCUGGAGAACGUCCUGGAGGAACUUGAUCCUGAGAAUGCCUUGUUACCAGCUGGAUUCCGACAGAAAGACCAGACUACAAAGGAAGCAUCAGGAACAUUCAACAAAGAGCAUCUACUGGAUUAUUUGCGUAAAGAAGCCAUGGAGCAUCAAGAUAGGGAGGAUUGUGUCCCCUUUACUGGUGAAAAGAAAGGUAAGGUGUUUGUUCCCAAGCAUAUGCCAAUGGAAUGCCAGACAGAAGAAAGGGUGACCUUGGAGCCAGAACUGGAAGAAGCUCUCGCCAGUGCCACAGACACUGAGCUCGGCGACAUCGCGACGGUGCUUGGAGUGCAGCAUUUUUCAAGCAGAACAGAGGAUAAUGAAGAUGGACAAGAUGGAGUGGACCUUAGAAACGUUGUCAAAGCUGAAAAGGUGAAACCGGCAUUUGAUGACCCCCCAAACCCAACCAAUGUAGAAGAGAGUUUGCAGAGGAUAAAAGCCAACGAUCCUUUCCUUCUUGAUGUUAAUCUGAAUAACAUAAAGAACAUUCCGAUACCAACACUUAAAGAAUUUGCAAAAGCUUUGGAAUCAAAUACCCAUGUGAAGUCUUUCAGCCUUGCAGCAUCAAGAAGUAACGAUCCAGUAGCUGUAGCUUUUGCAGAUAUGCUGAAAGUGAACAAAGCAUUGAGAAGUCUUAACGUGGAAACUAACUUCAUAACGGGAAGUGGAAUCCUGGCUCUUGUGGAAGCCCUGAAAGAGAAUAAGAUCCUAUCAGAGAUCAAAAUUGCCAAUCAGAGACAGCAGCUGGGGACUGCCGUGGAGAUGGAAAUUGCUGAGAUGCUUGAAGGGAACCCAGCAAUUCUGAAAUUUGGAUAUCAGUUUACACAGCAAGGUCCAAGGACCAGAGCAGCAGCAGCCAUUACAAAGAAUAAUGACAUAGUUCGUCAGAAACGAGUUGAAAGGGAACAUCAAUAAGUUGGGAGGAGAUGAAGAUACAGAAGACACCUCUGUUUAGAGGAAAGGGAAUCACAGUUGUAAGAUUGUGAAAGCUGCACUAUGAAGGCAGUCUUAUUGGACUACUUUGCAUUGUUGGUUUUACAAGAUUCCAUGUUAGUCAGAGCACUAUUAAAGGGACAUUGAGGGAAAUAUUAUCCAAAUACCUGCACUUCUCACCAUUGCUGACCCAGUGCGGAUUGUACAGACAUCCUGUGGUGUAAAAUGCAUGGUGGUUUCAUUGUUGGGUCACUUACUUGAUAAUUAUGUUGCCAAUCUUAAGGUGCUGUCAUGUGACCAUGUUUGUUACGUACAUAGAAUUGCUGUCAUGCAUUUUCAUAUAUCAUGUAUAAGCUAGGGCAGUUUCUUAAUCUAUUUUUACAUUUGUUCAUGUUUUAGGAGAGCAGAAAGAUA